GGCCAAGUCAGUGAGGUCAGUGUGUAUAUUCAGAGCCAACACUGAGUGUGUGAAGUUGUUACUGAAGAAGAGAUGAAGACCCUGCACUUGGCUCUGAUUCUGCUCGUGCUGUCCGGUGUUCUCACUCAGGACAGAGAAUGGAGAGUGAAAUAUCCUGAUAAACCGAUCUGUGCUGUGAGAGGAUUCAGUGUCUCCAUUCCCUGUAGUUAUUCUUAUCCACAAAAUCAUCAGGUGGAACAAAAGCUUUGGUGCUCGAUGAACUCAAACACAGAUUUCUGUUAUAAACCACCGUAUGUUUAUAACAGCUCAUCAAACACCAAGUCAGACUUUGAGUUCACUGGAGACGACAAAUCAGACUGCACUUUGUUAAUCCACAAUGUACAGUUCAGUUAUUCUGGAGAGUACAGAUUCAGAUUUAUAACUAAUGUGGACAGAUGGACAGGUGAUCCUGGAGUGACUCUACAAGUUACAGAUUUAAAGGUGUCACUAAUCAGGCUCAGUGGAAACGGAACCCUUAAACAAGGAGACUCGUUAAAUCUGAGGUGUGAUGUGAACUGUACACACACUUCCUCACAGUUUGUGUGGUCUAAGAACAACCAGCCCUUAAAUACAUCAGGACCUGUUCUUCACUUUCCUGCUGUAACCGUGAGGGAUUCUGGGAAUUACACCUGCACUUGGAAAACCGGCGAGACGUCAGGAUCUGAAACCAUCAGCCUUCACGUCGAGGAUGAAAUGAUUUAUGGAGAAAUGUAUAAUUCAUGGCCCUUCUGGAUGGUUGUCAUGGUGACAGCUGGACUGAUUUUGGUUGUUGUGAUUUACAGCAGGAGACACGUCCACACUGAGCAGCUGAAGGAGGACGAUUCAGACAUCUACACCACAGUACAGUACAAUACAUUCACCAUGAACUGAUCUCACUUUCACACCUCACUUACUUCAUUCCACAGUUGAUAAUAUCCCUAUAACAGCACGUCCCACAAGUGUGUUAUUCCUCUUACACCACACUGAUGUCUUAAUUAUUCUCUAUUAAAGAUGGACUCGAUAUUGAAGAUGACGGAAAACGUAAAAUUUUAUAUUUUAAUUGUAAACAGGUUUAAAGCUCUGAUCCUGGAGACUCCUUAGAUAAAUGUUACUAAACGUUUCCUUACAAAAACCUUCACAAUGUCAACAAUUAUUUUUAGUCUGUUUAAUCUGAAUAUAAAUCUGAAUAUAAAGCUGUGAUGUGAAGCUGCACUAGUGUCAGAGCUGCUGUUAUAGAAAAUUAAUCAACACCUUCUGACCAAUCAGGAUCCAGAACUCGACAGUGCUGUGCUGAAAGUUGGUUCAGAAACAAGUGCUACUGAUACUGAGCUUCAGCUUUUUAUCACUUACCGCUUUUAUCACUUAUCACUUACUGCUUUUAAUAGUUUUUCCUGCUGUUUUGCUUCUUGUUGUAUAAAGUAACUUAUAGAUGAGUUAUUAAAUGAAUUUGUGAUGAUGCAUAAAUCAUGUAAGCUAUAUUUUUAACCGUAUCUGCAUCAUGUAACAUUUCCAAGUCAACAAUAAUUAACUGAAGUGAUGUUACUGAUUCUUCCAGAUUCAUAGUCAAAUAAAUAAAUAAGUUUUUAAAAAUUCUCAUGCGA